AUGGCCACUGAACUAUAUCGGGAGGCCAUACACGUGCCGUUUAUGGCCAAAUUCGUGGUGUUCGCUAAACGAACGGACACAAACGAAGCUCGAAUACGGUUGUUCUGCAUGACGGACGACAGGGAAGACAAGACCUUGGAACACAAAGAACAUUUCACCGAAGUUUCGAACAGUAGAGAUGUCGAGGUUCUGGAAGGCAAGCCCGUGUACGUCGAAUUCGCAGGAAACCUCGUUCCAGUCACCAAGUCCGGCGAACAGCUCAGACUGGUGGUGCGGGCGUUCAAAGAAAACAGAUUACCAUUCACCAUGCGGGUGAAAGACCCCAGUGCCGAACCACGUUCGUGGACCAUCAUAAUGAAAGAACCAAAAGUUUCUAAAAACGAGCCAGCACAAACGCCAGUUUGCGUUUUGCAAUUCGGACUGCCCGAAAACAUUGUACAUGACACAGACGUUAAUGCCGACGAGCAUUACAAUAAUUACACGUACACCCGCGAUUCGAACACCGAGUCACACAAACGUGCCGAACUGAGGAUAACCGAUAUUAGUAAUUUCGUGUCUGAUGAUUGGAUUAACCUGGCCCACGAAUUGGGUUUCCAAUCGUCAGAUAUAGCUCAAAUUCAGAGAGAAUACCCAGAUAGUAGCGGUCAACAGUGUAUGAGUAUGCUGAACUUGUGGAUGAACGAAAUAUCUGGUCAAGAUUCAGUCAUAGCUUUAGAAAGAGCUUUAAACAAUAUAGGUAGAGUUGAUGUAGUGGAGAAGUGUAAUUUUGCGGAGAUCGGGCACUAUCCUUCGCAAAACGGCAUUUACGCCGAACCAGAAACACAUCAAAGCUAUCAAUCUCCGAACAACAAAUACGCCGCCGAAGAGAAGGCUGUGAUCGAAGAUGAGAUCGUCAAAACCGUGACCGAGAGACGUAUGGAAAUCGAACAACGGUUGAACGGCGAACCGGUGGUCAUCGACAAGAAAUAUGAACCGUUUACCAGGGCAGACGACGCGGUCCAGAUGGCAUUAAAACCCGCGGACGUGCCCGCCGGCGAACCGAUCGAACCCACCGAGGUGUCGUUCGAACACAAACGCAUGUCAUUCGAGAGGGGCGUGUCGAUCGAACAGGUGCUCCACGAAGAUAUCCCGGUCAAAGACAAAUCGGUCAUGUUGGAAGAUAAAAAGAUGCCGUCGAUCGACGAAAAACCUAUCGACGCGGAAGUAGACGUGGACGCAACGAGCCUGACGUUUCACGAAAAGAGAUUGUCGUUCGAGCAAGGCAUACCCGUCAAGGAAAUCAUACAGAAAAAGACGGAAGAUAUUAUCACCGUACCUGCAGGACAUGGAAAAGAUUCGACGACGAUAAUUGAAACCGAAAAGUCGGUCACAAAGAGGGAUACGACGUCGGCAGAAGAUGCAAAACUUUCUGAUACAAAAUCAGAUAUAAGGCCUAGCAUUGAAUUGACCAAGGACACAAAUGAGCAAAUAAGACGUGAUUCUAUAUUGUUUGAAGAAGUUUCUCAAGGUUUGGUGAAAUUAGAUUCGACUGGACCAAAAGUAGAAGACAAAACUGAACUACUAUCGCCUCAGUCAUCUAGAACUCCUCCACCUAGCCCUGCGGAGUUCAAAGACAUAGAGCAACAAAAUGAAUCUAAACAACGCCAGUCAGAAACCGUACCCGAAAAAGAACCGCAAACAGCAUUAUGGUCACAGGACAAUGAUGACUUGUUGGACACUCAUGGUUUUGGUGAACAUCUCAACGGCAUUGAAACGCCAAAUUUAUCGAAGCCGAAAAAUCAUAAAUCGUUGGCGGACAUUGAUGAGGAAUUUGAGGAACGGUCGGUUGUAUUGCACCCUUUUUUUGAUCAACCAAAAAGAGACAUUUUCGAACAAGUUCAAUUUAUAAAACAUCACGAUGACUCACCUGCAUUUGAUAGCCCGUUAACGGAUAAAAGUGUAUCUCAUCAUGAUACUGGAAUUAGUCUGACUAGGGAAUAUUCUGAUACUUUAACUAGUUCAGGACUAAAAACAAAACCUAAACAUACAGAUACAGCUUUUGAUGAAGAAGCAGAGCUGACUGAUAAUGGAUUAAGUCCAAUUCAGCCUGAUGAAGUCGGACUUUCUACAAAUGAAAUAAAAGAAAUAAAGAAGAAAAUUGGAAUGUAUGACGCCGGAAAUAGCCCAAUAAUAUUUAUGGAAUCUAUAGCAUUAUCUCCUUUCGGGACAGUGACAAGUGAUGUUGCUACUAUAACUGAUAAUGUGAAAAAAAUUGAUGUAGCCAACAGUCCAAUCGAAUCAAACAAAGUUCAAAAAAAUAUGGACACAACAGUAGACGUAAAAAAAAUGAUAAUGCAACUGGAGAAAUCUGGAGCAGGAACGGAAAACGUGACGUCCCAACAAUCACCGAAAAGAAAACCAUCAGUAAAACCGUUUAUAUCGGGAAUAGUACUUCCAGAGGAACAUAAAACUAUACAUGUUGAUAUCGAAAAAAAACAUAAGCAAUAUGAUACAAAUACAAUGAAUAUACAAUCAAAACUAGAUGAAGUAAUUAAAACAGAAAAAUGCGUAUUGGAUCAUUUAGAAAAGGUUGUAGAUAUGUCGUCGAAUAAUAAUUCAGAGCUAGAAAAAAAAUAUAUAAUAGCUGAGAAAGCUGAUGAAAAUUUAAAAAAAGUAGACACGACAGAUAGAUUACAACAAUCACCUAAGAAAUGUACUGAAGAUAAAAUUGAAAAAAAAUAUAUAGACACGGGGUAUAGAAAAGAAGAAAGUAUUAUGGAACCAAUAAAAGUCACAGGUAUUUCUAAGGAAUUGAAAAAAUUAAUAGAUGAAGAUGAGAUAGAACAAGAAAGAAUGUAUAGAGUAUUACUGAAUGAAACUAAUACAAACGAUGAUAAAUAUAGCAACAAAACGCCUGUAGUGGAAGAAAUUAUAACUCCUAAACGUGUAAAACCAAUUACCAAAAAAGAUGAUGACACAGAAGAUGAAGAAGACGAAUCAGAUAUUUUUGUAAAAUUUACUCGGGAGCAUUUAAAAAAGGCUUUAGACCUAUCGCAAACUAACGUUGGAAAAGAAGAUAAUGAUAGUAAAGAUGAUCCAAAAGAUAUAGAUUUUGAUAUUGUAGAUGACGAAGAAAAUGAAACAAACAACGCUAAAAAAGAUAAAUCAUUAUCUUUUAUCCCUAAAACAAUAGAAAAAGGAUUAAAAGAUAUAACGAUGACACUAACAAGUAUUGUAAAAAAAAUGGAUGUAAAUGAUAUGUCAGGAAAGAAAAAUGAGAAUGAAGGAGGUGAUAGAGCAAUUGACAUAAUAAAUCAAGGUCCAAAGCAAGGAAGUGGAGAAACAGAGGAGUCAUUCAUAAAGAACAAUAUUAAAAAUGAGAGUAUAGAACAAUGUAAGUAUAAUAAAGAAAAAGACACUAAAAAGGACAUAGAGGAUAGUUUUGAAAAGGGUACAAACAUUAAAGAACAAUUUAAGAUAGACACAGAUACAAAUCAAAAUAAUAGACCUGUAACUUCGACUAAUAACGUGGAAAAACAAAUACAUACAAACAUACUAACAACUGAUAAAACAAACGUAGAUAAAACUAAUAAUAGUACAAUUAUAGAUAUUAAACAAACUGUAGCAACUUCUUCAACAGAAAUUAAAACACUACCAACCAAAGUAAAUUCAAUAAUAACGAAUUUAACAAUAAAAUCAGAAGUAAAACCAAUUAUAACAGAAAACCAGAAAACGAUUUUACAAAAAGAUGAUUCAAAUAAAAUAAAUAUAACUACCACUUCCUACGAAUCGUACGAAAAAACUGAGAGACAUACAAAAACAUUCAUACUAAAAACAAAUAAAGAACAUAAGGAGAUAAAAACCACAGAUAUUUAUUGCACAACGCAUACAGAGGAUAAACUAAUGAAAGAUGAAACAAUCCAAUUUGAAAACUUGAAAAAAAAAGAUAGAGAAGAAAGCAUUAAACAGCAAAAGAAACAUUUUGAGAAUAAAGCAGAAAAAUUAAUAAAACAAAAAAAUGAACUUCAUUCAGAGACGACAGAACUGAAAAAUGAAAAGGUAAAAGAACAAUUAACAGUGGAAAAUGACAAAGCUAAACAAUACAUCGAAGGUAUGGAAACCGAUAAAAUACAUUUUGAUGAGUUUUAUAAAUGGGUAGAUAAAUUAGUAGAAGAGAAAAAUGACAACAUAACAAAAAACCAAAAUGAGAACGAAAAGAAACUAAAUCACUUUAAAACAAUUAGGACAGCAUCCAUCGAUAAGGAACAUAUAGAAGAUGAAUCGAGCACAGUUAAAGAAUUUAUAUCCAAACAAGUAACAUCUAAAUACUCAAAUGAACAUGAAAAUGAAAUAUUAAAAAAUAGCAAACCUCAAACACAACAAACAACAACUGAAACUGCUAUGAUAUUAAAAACAAAAAAUAAAGUAAUAUUUGAAAACCAAAAAACCGACAACGAAACACAAAAAAAUAGUGAAAAAUCAAACUUAACUGAUAUUAAAGAGAAAUUACAACAAUUUAUUAUUUCGGAAAAAGAAAACACUGAAAUUGAACACGAAAUAGAUACUGACGGACCAACAAGUAAUAAAACUAGUUUUAAAUAUGACUCUGAAAAAUCAACUACAUCAGAUAAAAGUAAUAAAGAUUUACUUACUUUCAUAAAGGACGCAUCUAAAAUGGAUAAAAUAUUAACUGAAAAAACUGAUUCCAUCAUUAGUGACACUAAAGAUGAUACUAAAAAACUAAUAACGACACAAAUUGAAAGCAAAGAAACCACCACACAUGAAACAAUAACAGAAAAACGUACAGGGGAGAAAACUGAUCUAAUUAAGUCUGACUCAGUAGAAUCAAUAAAAUCCGAUAAAAGUGAAAAAGAUACUGAAAAACCUACUAGUUAUAAAACGAUUAUACCUAAAUCAGUUUCAAAAGAAUCUAUAAAAUCCGAUAAAAAUGAUACUAAAAAAUUAAUUACGACUAAAAUUGAAAGCAAAGAAACCACCACACAUGAAACAAUAACAGAAAAACAUACAGGGGAGAAAACUGAUGUAAUAAAAACUGAAAAAGAUACAGAUAAACCAGCGAUUGAUAAGACGAGCUUAACUAAAUCUGAUUCUUUGGAAUCUGUGAAAUCUGAUAAAAGCGAUAAAGGUUUAUCCGCUGUUAUAAAGGAUGGAAUAACAUUAGAUAAAAUAAUAACUGACAAACAUGACUCCAUCGUUAGUGAUACUAAAAAACUAAUAACGACACAAAUUGAAAGCAAGGAAACCACCACACAUGAAACAAUAACAGAAAAACAUACAGGGGAGAAAACUGAUCUAAUUAAAUCUGACUCAGUAGAAUCAAUAAAAUCCGAUAAUAGUGAAAAAGAUACUGACAAACCUACUAGUGAUAAAACGAUUAUACCUAAAUCAGGAUCAAAAGAAUCUAUAAAGUCCGAUAAUAGUGAAAAAGAUACUGAAAAACCUACUAGUGAUAAAACGAUUAUACCUAAAUCAGUUUCAAAAGAAUCUAUAAAAUCCGAUAAAAAUGAUACUAAAAAAUUAAUUACGACUAAAAUUGAAAGCAAAGAAACCACCACACAUGAAACAAUAACAGAAAAACAUAUCGGAGAAAAAACUGAUGUAAUAAAAACUGAAAAAGAUUCAGAUAAACCAACGAGUGAUAAGACGAGCUUAACUAAAUCUGUGAAAUCCGAUAAAAGCGAUAAAGGUUUAUCCGCUGUUAUAAAGGAUGGAACAACAUUAGAUAAAAUAAUAACUGACAAAUCUGACUCCAUCAUUAGUGACACAAAAGAUGAUACUAAAAAAUUAAUUACGACACAAAUUGACAGUAAGCAAACCAUCAAACAUGAAUCGAUAACAGAAAAACAUAUCGGAGAAAAAACUGAUGUAAUAAAAACUGAAAAAGAUUCAGAUAAACCAACGAGCGAUAAGACAAGCUUAACUAAAUCUGAUUCUUUGGAAUCUGUGAAAUCUGAUAAAAACGAUAAAGAUUUAUCCACUGUUACAAAGGAUGGAACAACAUUAGAUAAAAUAAUAACUGACAAACAUAACUCCAUCGUUAGUGAUACUAAAAAACUAAUAACGACUAAAAUUGAAAGCAAAGAAACCACCACACAUGAAACAAUAACAGAAAAACAUACAGCGGAGAAAACUGAUCUAAUUAAAUCUGACUCAGUAAAAUUAAUAAAAUCCGAAAAACAUAUCGGGGAAAAAACUGAUGUAAUAAAAACUGAAAAAGAUAUAGAUAAACCAACGAUUGAUAAGACAAGCUUAACUAAAUCUGAUUCUUUGGAAUCUGUGAAAUCUGAUAAAAGCGAUAAAGAUUUAUCCACUGUUAUAAAGGAUGGAACAACAUUAGAUAAAAUAAUAACUGACAAACAUGACUCCAUCGUUAGUGAUACUAAAAAACUAAUAACGACACAAAUUGAAAGCAAGGAAAUCACCACACAUGAAACAAUAACAGAAAAACAUACCGGGGAGAAAACUGAUUUAAUAAAAUCUGACUCAAUAGAAUCAAUAAUAUCCGAUAAAAGUGAAAAAGAUACUGAAAAACCUACUAGUGAGAAAACGAUUAUACCUAAAUCAGUUUCAAAAGAUUCUAUAAAAUCCGAUAAAAGUGAUAAAGAUAUACCUACUGUUCUAAAAGACUUAUCUAAAAUCGAUGAUAUAAUAACUGAAAAAACUGAUUCCAUCAUUAGUGACACUAAAGAUGAUACUAAAAAAUUAAUUACGACACAAAUUGACAGUAAGCAAACCAUCACAUAUGAAUCGAUAACAGAAAAACAUAUCGGGGAAAAAACUGAUGUAAUAAAAACUGAAAAAGAUUUAGAUAAACCAACGAUUGAUAAGACAAGCUUAACUAAAUCUGAUUCUUUGGAAUCUGUAAAAUCUGAUAAAAGCGAUAAAGAUUUAUCCACUGUUAUAAAGGAUGGAACAACAUUAGAUAAAAUAAUAACUGACAAACCUGACUCCAUCGUUAGUGAUACUAAAAAACUAAUAACGACACAAAUUGAAAGCAAGGAAACCACCACAGAUGAAACAAUAACAGAAAAACAUACCGGUGAGAAAACUGAUUUAAGAAAAUCUGACUCAAUAGAAUCAAUAAAAUCCGAUAAAAGUGAAAAAGAUACUGAAAAACCUACUAGUGAUAAAACGAUUAUACCUAAAUCAGUUUCAAAAGAAUCUAUAAAAUCCGAUAAAAUGACACUAAAGAUGAUACUAAAAAAUUAUUUACGACACAAAUUGACAGUAAGCAAACCAUCACACAUGAAUCGAUAA